AUGACAGGUCAAGCUUUCGAACCCAAAAAUAUGCUUUACCGAAACCUCGGAAACACCGGUCUCCGAGUACCAGUGUUCUCGUAUGGAGGAUGGUUAACUGUCGGAUACCAACAAAAAGGUGACAUCGUCAAGGAAUUGAUGCAAACUGCUUUUGAUGCAGGUAUCAACAUGUUUGAUAACGCUGAAGCGUAUGCGGGAGGGGAAUCUGAGACUCAGAUGGGACGAGUUAUCAAGGAACUCGGAUGGAACAGAAGUGAUAUUAUUGUAACUACCAAGAUCUUCUUUGGUGUAGGUAGGAAGGAAAAACACAACACUAGAGGAUUGAGCAGAAAACAUAUCAUUGAAGGUCUCAACGAUUCCCUCAAGAGACUUCAAUUGGAUUACGUCGAUAUCGUAUUUGCCCAUAGACCGGAUGUUACCACACCACUUGAAGAGACUGUCCGAGCGUUCAACUACCUCAUCGAUACCGGAAAAACCUUCUACUGGGGUACUUCCGAAUGGUCUGCUAUGCAAAUCCAACAAGCUCAUGAGAUCGCUCGAAGACUCAAUAUGGUUGGACCUGCCGCUGAACAACCUCAUUACUCCAUGUUCCACCGUGAACGAUUCGAGCAGGAGUACGAGCCUUUGUGGAGAUACGAGAACUAUGGAAGUACCAUCUGGUCUCCACUUGAUUCGGGUCUCUUAACCGGUAAAUACAACAACGGUAUUCCUGAGGGAUCAAGAUACCACUCCAAUCUGAACGGAGCGAUGGAUGAGAACGUCAAACAUCUUACUUCACCCGAGGGUCAGGCUAAGAUUGAAAAAGUCAAGAAGUUGACUGCGGUUGCUGAACGAUUGGGUGGAAGUAUGACUAGUCUUGCUUUGGCAUGGACCUUGAAGCACAAGGGUGUAUCUACUUGUAUCCUUGGUGCUACCAAACCCGAACAAAUCAAAGAGAACGUCAAAGCACUUGAUAUCUACCCCAAACUCACCCCAGAAGUAUUGGCUGAGAUUGAGAAGAUCCUCGAUAACAAACCUGCUUUACCUACUGCUUAUGGUCGAAGAUCAGAUGAUGGUGAUUUGAUUUAG